GCCUCUCUUUUUAUUUGCCCGGGAUUAAACUCCACGCUUCAGCUUCGCGUCCAAACCUCUAGCUUCGUUUCCCAAACCUCAACCUCGGAACCGAACCUCAUUUUGCUCCUCUGUUCGUUGAAAAUUUCGCAAUAUUUCGAUUACUUUAUCUCUCUCUGAGCUCAAAGAGAAGUUACUUUCUCUCUCUUGAAUUUCGGAAACCCUAAGACUUGAUAGAUUCACAGUAUUGGAGGAUCGGUUUCGAGCUUCAACGGAGGCUUCUCGAUAUCACUUUUUGCACAGAAUAACUUUUUGAUGCUAGGAGCUUGGCUGUUGGAGAGAAGAUUAAAUGUAUAAAAAGGAGGUAGUGUCUUGCAGUCCACACCAUUUUUGCUGCUGAAUAUUUGUGGGGUGUAUUAUCUAUGCCUGGCAACGAAGUAGGAGACAGAAUCCACAAUUUCUUUGGCCAAGAUAAUUUGUCCCAGGGCCAACAUCACUCACAGGUCAUUGACGGGUCCUGGUCUGGGUUAAAUAACAAUCUUUGGGUUGGAGGCCAGAGACAGAUUGGUGCACCACUUAUUUCCAAUUUGAAGAAUUACAGUGUACAGCAAUCAGCUGAUUCUGAGAGAGAAUAUGGUGGUCCAUCUUCAACACUGCAACAUGGCUUGAACUUUACAGAGUCACCUUUAAAGCCUGAAGCUGCUAGAAGUCAAUCUCAAAACCAACAAUCAACUUUAAAUGGCUAUAUGCAUGGGCAUCAGACUAUACAGACAAGGCAGAGUGAGUCAAACUUUCUGGGAGUGGAUGCAGAAUAUAAUCGGCAUAAUUUGACAUCGAUAGGUUUACCAGUUCUUGAUUCACAUUUAGGAAAUGGUCCUGAACUUAACAAGAAAAAUUCAGUAAGGUUGGAAUCUACAGAAUCUCCCAUCAAUUACGAUUUCUUUGGAGCUCAACAACAAAUGAGUAGCCAAAAUCCGAGCAUGCUGCAAUCGUUAUCCAGGCAGCAGCCGGGAAUUAGUGAAAUGCAGCUAUUACAUCAACAAGCUAUUUUCAAGAAAAUGCAAGAAUUUCAGAGACUGCAACAAUUGCAUAAUCCAAUUCAGGGACCGAGUUCUGUAGAUAAUAUUUCUUCUUCUGUUGUGAAACAGGGAGCUGCUAGUCACACAUCAGCUCUUAUCAAUGGCACUCCAAUUCAGGAUGCAUCUAAUUACUCAUGGCAGCCUGAACUUGUGGCAGCCAAUACAAAUUGGUUGCAGCACAGUACCUCUCCAGUGAUGCAAGGAUCCUCCAGUGGAAAUAUGUUUUUGCCUGAUCAAGGCCAGGCCGGUGUUUUGGGUUUGAUUCCUCAACAAACUGAUCAAUCUCUGUAUGGUGUUCCUAUCACUAGCUCGAGAUCUAAUCCAGAUCAAUAUAUCCAAAUGGAGAAGCCUAUGGCACAGCAGACAUCUGUCGGCAGUAAUUCCUUUCCAGGUAAUCAAUAUACUGCUUUUCUGGAUCGGGGUAACAUGCAGGAUGGAACUAUGGUUUCUAGGCAGGGCUAUCAGGGAAAAAACACAUUUGGGCCUGAAGCUGGACAUGGCUUUCAUAGUGGACUUAAUCUCGAGAAUAUGCAGAAAUUGAAUGCCCAGAAAAGAAGUGAAUCCAUGCAGGAAUUUCAUGGGAGACAAGUGUUUGUUGGUCCAUCAGAAGCAUCACAUGAAAAAACUGUGAUGCAGGUUGCUGUUUCACAGAGUGUAGCUACCCUAGAUCCAGAGGAAGAGAAGAUUUUGUUUGGCUCAGAUGAUUCAGGAUGCUCUAAUAUGUUGGAUGGUUCUGAUUUCCAUGGUGCAUUUCCUUCUUUGCAAAGUGGGAGUUGGAGUGCUCUUAUGCAGUCUGCUGUUGCAGAAACUUCUAGUGAUGAUGUAAGGCUGCAAGAAGGAUGGAGUGGUUUGGGUGUUCACAAUAGUGAGCCUGCUACUCAUCAAGCCUCAUAUUUUAAUGAUGGCAACAAACAGCCAUCUGCUUGGGCCGAUAACAACUUGCAUGGUGUCUCUACAUCAAACCCUAGACCUUUUCCCAUGUCUGUUGAUGCUAAUACAAGUGCUAAUUAUUCUAGUUUUUCGGGUGUUCAGCAAUCCAGAUUGAAGACAUCACAUGAACGAGGUGAGAAGUUGCCUAAUGAUUCUUCUCAGAGAUUCAUUCAGCAGUUUUCAGGAGAAAGAAGCAAAUGGUUGGAUUGCGGUCCUCUUCAAAAACCUGUUGCUGAAGCUGGCCAAAUUUAUGGAAAUGUUGCUCAUUUUUCAGAUGCAGAGUUAAAUGUGAAGGGCUUACCUACUUGGACUCAUCGAGAGAGCAUGUCCUCACAGAAUACCGGUGGCCAAGUGUGCAAUGGACCUAAUGGUUGGAACUUCAUUGAAUCUGUUUCUCCUCGUGGGGGCACCACUUCAAAAACUCAGGGUAAUGAAAGCUCAUUGCAGCUUAGUCAGAGUAGUGAUCAUAAAAGUACCAUCCAUGAGAAAAUGGGUCAUGGUUCUGGUAUAAGGAACACUGACUGUGAUUCCAAUGUAAUGGAGAAUGCAAAAUUUGCCUCAGGACAUUCACAGGUCAACAGGGAAGAUUCUAAUACGUAUAAUGCUGCUACAAUAUCAGAUUUGAGUAAUAUAAGGGCUAAUCAGAAAAGUGGUCAACAGAUAUCAGAUAUCCACAAUAUAAAUUUCUGGAAAAAAGUUGAUCCUUUUGUGAAUCUUAGAGGAAGUGAGGUACCUGGAGAGACUCAGCAUCAUGAUAAGAGCCCACAAAAUAUUGAUUCAUCAGGAAAUAAGGGCUCAGAUUAUGGGGGAAUGGAACAUGAGGCUGAGAAUCCCAGCGUAAAAGAUAAGUCAAGUGACAGUUUUCGUUCUAACAUGACCCAACAUACAACUGCUGGUUUGAGAGAAAAUGUUUGGUUGGAUGCAAGUGGUACGCAUAAUUUGCCUGGAGGAAAACAAAAGUCAUCUGGUCAUAUCAGUCAAAAACCUUCUACAACUCGCAAAUUUCAGUAUCAUCCUAUGGGGGAUGUGGAUAUAGAUUCAGAACCUUCUCAUGGAAUAAAAAAUGUUUCACAUUUACAUUCCACGCCCCAGCAGGUUUCUCUAGGAUUAAAAGGUUAUGAGCAACUGCAUUUUGGACAGUCAAAAAUUUUUAAUCAAAUUGCCAAAAAUUCAAUGGAUAGUGAGAAGGGUCACCUGCCCAGUUUUCAAGGCAAUACAAAAUACUUAGAUGAGGCGCCUUCAAAAAGUAUGCAUCCAGGCUAUGUACCUGUUACAUCUCCUCUGGUUGACAAAUCUGUUGGUAAUUAUGCCCUAAACAAGAAUGCUUCCUCGAGUCAAAAUAUGCUCGAGCUUCUUCACAAGGUGGAUCAAACAAAGGAACACAGCCCUGCAAUGCAUUUCACCUCUUCUGAUCAAAAUCAAUCAGAGAUGCCUGAAGCAGAGACCUCUGAUGGGUCUGCUGGUCAUCUUCAGCAAAAUCAGACUUCCUCUUUGCAGGGUUUUGGUUUACAGCUGGCCCCACCAUCUCAACGGUUGUCCAUUCCAGACUGUGCCUUACCUUCUCAGAGCUCUGUGCAUACAGUUAGCUCUGGUAGUACAACUGUUAUUGCUUCUGAGAUUGGAAGAAAAGGUCAUACAUGGUUGUCUUCCUCUACCUCCAUGCAAUCGCUGUAUCCUUCCAAUGCAACAUCUCAAGGUGACUCAAAGAGUAAUAUCUCUAGUGGAUCAGCACAAUUUGGCAAUAAAACAUCACAGUAUAAUAUCCAGGGGGAUUAUUCUUCUGGUUUUCCUCAUCGCGGAAGUCUUCUUCAGAACCAGCAAAUGAGUGGUGUUGGUGGGCAAGGAACACCAACCCAGUCUGUCAAACUAUCUUUUGAUGGGUUUUUGUCUCAAUCAAAACAGAUAGAUGAUUUGUGUGAGACUCAAACUAGUCAAUCAACAAUGGCACCAGUGCCAGACAAUUCUAAAGGCACUGCACACAAUGAACUUGCUUCCUCUGCCAAAACAUCGCAGCUGAAUAGUAACAAUGAAAACAAUGCAAGAGGUUCAGCCCAACAGUUCCCAAUCUUGGAGGCUAUGCCAGUUUCACAACCUUCUGUUACGCCUGGCAUGUCACAGCGUGGUGCUUUCUCAAAAAUGUUACCUAAUGUGUGGACUGGUUUUCAAUAUCAGCAACAUUCAUCAGUUGCCCAGGCUCCUCCCAAUUUGCUUAAGCCCCAGCCUCAAUCAACUAAUAAUGUAGAAAAAUCUUCUUCCGGAAUGCAGAAGCUAGAUGAUCAAGUUGCCCAGAGAGGAGACUGUGGUUCACCUGGGUUUGCAGGGUAUUCUGCACAGCCACAAGUCUUUCCUGGGAAUGGGCAGUCAGCAGAAGAGCAGCACAUGUCACCUGAGAACAAUGCAGGCCUAAACACAGUUGGUGCUCUGUGUUUGCAAGGGAAAGAAUCUGUUUCUGAUUCAUCUCUUUCAACUUCUACUACUACAGGGAGAAAUAUUGAAGUUUUUGGUCAUUCUUUGAAACCAAAUAACCUUUUGCACCAAAAAUGCUCCUUGCUGCAUCAAAAUCAGGCCAUGAAAGGUACAGAUGCUGACCCAGAGAAUAGGAGUGUGAAGAGAUUUAAGGGCUCAGACUGUGGUAUGGAUGCUCAGAAGGUAGCUCAAGUGGGAGGGCAUCUGUUACCAUGUGGAUCUAAUAACAUAAUUAGAGACACAUCAUUGAAUUGUGGUUCACUUCCACCCGGAGAUUCUAAGGUGCUAAACUUUUCACCAAAGAUGGGCAAUAGUCAUGGAACACAACCGUCUGCUAAUGAUAUGGUUGCACUUGAUCGUAAUGAUUCUCAAGGUAUUACAAAUGGUAAUAAUGCAGUUACUGCUAGAGGUGAGCAAUCUCAGAUCAGUCCACAGAUGGUCCCAUCCUGGUUUGAUCAGUAUGGGGCCUUUAAAAAUGGGCAGAUGUUAAAAAUGUAUGAUGCACAGAAAAACACUGCUUUGAAGACUGUGGAACAAUCUGUCAUUGUUGGCAAGCCUUCUGAUGGUUUGCAUGUUGGCCAUUCAAUGCCAGAAAAUGCUGUUGCUGAUCCUAUUCACUUUAGUAAUGUUCAGCAAAGUUCCAGCCCCGUUUCGCAAGCAAGUGACCCUCUUUCACUACCUCAGUUAUUGCCUCCUGUUAUCACUGAUCAGAGUUUGGUCAAUAUGAGACUUCAGAAGCGUAAAACUGCCACAUCUGAACUUCUACCUUGGCAUCGAGAAGUGAUGCAGGGUUCUCGAAGGCUUCGGAAUAUCAGCAUGGCAGAAAUGGAGUGGGCCCAAGCAACAAAUCGAUUGAUGGAGAAGGUUGAAGAUGAAACUGAAUUGAUUGAUGAUGGGCUGCCUGCUCUUAGAUCCAAAAGAAGGCUCAUUUUAACAACACAGCUUAUGCAGCAAGUCUUUCGCCCUCCUCCUGGAAAACUUCUUUCUUCAGAUGCUAGUUCACACUAUGAGAGUGUGACCUACUUUGUUGCCAGAUCAGCAUUAGGAGAUGCAUGCAGUACAAUAUCUUCAUCCAGAACUGAUACUUCUGCACAUCCUGACAGUGGAAACCUCUUUUCUGAGAAGCCCAAAACAUCUGAGAGAAUUGGUUAUCAGUACAUCAAAAAGGCCAUGGAAGACUUCAUGGAUAGAGCAAAGAAGCUGGAACAAGAUUUGUCAAGACUGGACAAGGGAGCCUCGAUCUUAGACUUGAGAGUGGAAUGCCAGGAUCUAGAGAAGUUCUCUGUGAUCAAUCGCUUUGCAAAGUUCCAUGGCAGGGGGCACACUGAGGGGGCUGAGACCUCAUCAUCCGCUGGUGCAAAUGCUCAGAGAUUCUUCCCCCAGAGAUAUGUGACUGCACUUCCAAUGCCUAGGCAUCUCCCUGACAGUGUACAAUGUCUUUCACUUUGAUCAUUAAUUAAUUGAUUUUUCCCUCUUUCUGGGCCAUUUUUUUCCACAUCCCCCAUGCUUAAUUUUUGUAUCUUCUUCCAAAUUAUAUACUCAGCAUUUGCUCAUUAUUGAACCACACAAAUGGGAAUGUAGGAGAAGAAAGUCUCCUUAAACGCUGUGGAGACUGUUAGAUAUUCGUCUAAGCCAUUGAUGCCAUUCUUCAGAAUCAUAAAUUGGUCUUUGUAUACUUCUUUCGAAGUCUAGAGAAAAAAGUAGGUGCCCCUGUGAUAUUUUUUUCAGUAUAUGGGGAGAACAGGAGCUCUUUCUGUUUUUUUAAAGGUGCUCAUACAUAGCUUAAGUUCAAGGUAAAUUAUGUGUAUUCUCAUCAUUGAUGCUUUGAAUCAUGAGGUUCAAUUAACGGUGUAAGUGUUUUAUAUUGCUUCCUUUUUCAUCUAUUUCUCCUUUUCGAGCAGGGUUGGAGAGGGGAGGUAAAUUGAUGGCAGAUAAUCUUGUAGGCUAUUCUUUUCAUGUUAUUAUUUGGCAUUUUUUGUUUGAACUCUUAAACAAGCUUGUAACCUUUUUGGUCUGAAUUUUAGCCUAAAUAGACAAACAUCAAGUCACAAAAUUUGUUUAA